AUGCAGUCUGUUACAAUUGUGCAGCCUGGUCCCCUCAGUGGUGGGCCAUUCCGUGGCCGGUUCUUCACAGAUUAUAGCGCCGGUCCAUUCAAAGACACUACGGAACUUCAAGGCUGGUUUUACCAUAAGCUUGAGAUCUGUAAGCGCGUGAACAAAUGUCCUAAAGAUAUCCCACCAUUUCAAUUUAGCAAAUUUGUCAUUACUCAUCACGACAUCAGUCCUCGAAUCCUGAUCCUGGACCAGAAUGGAGAAGUAUGGUUGAUUGACUGGGCAGAUUCCGAUGCAUAUCCCCCUGCAUUUGAAAGUGCUGCGCUAUUGGCUCAGCAGGCUUUUACUUGCUUCAAUGAAGCAGUUCUGUCUCUUAAUCCACGGUUUCCUGAGGAAGAACACCAACUUGAUUCUAUUACAUAUGGGUUGAUUACUGCGGCAUUAGCCUAUCCCACAUCACCUGACCCAACCGAAGCGAAGCCAAGCCCUGCCGCACACAAACCAUCCACAUCCGAAGGUCGACCACUUCAUCCGUCCAUCCAACAAGCUCGCCGUCGCGAUCAACCCUUCAAGAUGCCGAGCAACAAGACCUUCCGCACCAAGCAAAAGCUUGCCAAAGCUCAGCGUCAGAACCGCCCCAUCCCCCAGUGGAUCCGUCUGCGCACCGGCAACACCAUCAGAUACAACGCCAAGCGCCGACACUGGCGUAAGUCGACCCUGAAGGUCUAAGCGGACCCUCAGUAUUCGCAACCCUCCGUCCGGCCAUUCUCAAAAGCCCCAGUUCAGCUCGCGAUGUCAUAUGGCAACCGAAGUGUGUCUGUGCGGGGUGGUUCAAGGGUUUUUGAUUAUUUCGAAACCCUUUUCAUGAUGUGACGCCCACAACCGAAUUUCGAACAACAUGCCUUCACCAUGAACUUGAGAGCGCUAGUGGAUGUGGAACUACUCUUGAGUGCAAUUGCAAACAAAAAUUCAAAAAUUCAAUCUUGAUCCGGGUCUUGCUUGGG